GGCGAUUUCCUGUUACUGGAGCAAGCUGCCGGAAGAAGGUCGGCGUUCAGUGCGGGUGUCCUCGUGUCCGCUCAGCGCGGUGUUCUGGCUGGCCGCGCGUGAACCCCAUGGCGUCCCGGCAGGCUCCCGAGGAUGAGCAGGGCGGCGGCGAUCCCUCCGGGGACCUCCGCAGCGUCCUGGUUACCAGCGUGCUCAACCUCGAGCCGCUAGACGUGGAUCUGUUCAGAGGAAGACAUUACUGGGUACCCACAACCCAGCGGCUGUUUGGGGGUCAGAUUGUGGGCCAGGCCCUGGUGGCUGCAGCCAAGUCUGUGAGUGAAGACGUCCAUGUGCACUCUCUGCACUGUUACUUUGUACGGACAGGGGACCCAAAAGUGCCGGUGCUGUACCAGGUGGAGCGGACACGAACAGGGACGAGCUUCUCAGUACGCUCUGUGAAGGCUGUGCAGCACGGCAAGCCCAUAUUCAUCUGCCAGGCCUCCUUCCAGCAGACUCAGCCCAGCCCUGCGCAGCACCAGUUUUCCAUGCCCAAUGUGCCCCCGCCUGAACAGCUGCUUGACCAUGAGGCCCUCAUCGACCAGUAUUUAAGGGACCCCAACCUCCAAGAGAAGUACCGAGUAGGACUGAACCGAAUUGCUGCCAAGGAGGUGCCCAUUGAGAUCAAGCCAGUAAACCCGCCUACCCUGAGCCAGCUGCAGAGCAUGGAGCCUAAGCAGAUGUUCUGGGUGCGAGCCCGGGGCUACAUUGGGGAGGGCGACAUGAAGAUGCACUGCUGCGUGGCUGCCUACAUCUCGGACUACGCCUUCCUGGGCACAGCGCUGCUGCCUCACCAGUGGCAGUACAAGGUGCACUUCAUGGUCUCUUUGGACCACUCCAUGUGGUUCCACACUCCCUUCCGAGCUGACCACUGGAUGCUCUAUGAGUGUGAGAGCCCCUGGGCUGGGGAAGGGGAACUCUCCAGAACCAAUAGCGUCACCACACAGGAUCAGCAAACUUGGGAGUUAGGACACAUAGAGUCGAGUUUGGCCAGCUCCUCAUCGCCGAGUACCUGAGGCUCUGUGGAGUUCAGUGUCUUCAUCUGGAAAAUGGGCUGAGGCCUGCUUCACUUGGCUACUAGGAGAACUAAGCUCUACUCUGCAUCAGGGGGACCAGUGGCUUCUUCUACUCAGGCCCAAGGCUAGUAAGGGAGCCUCCAGGCAGGGAGGGAGGGAGGCCAGAUGUGAUGGCCCCAGGCCCUCUCCAACCCCCUUUUUCCUGCUAGGGGUGAAGAUAGGGGUAUUUUUGGUGAAUUACCACCCUGGAGGCCCCGGUUUGAUUUAUUAGGGAACUGCCAGGUUUCCUACCACAAGUGGCCAGGGUGGGGUGGAUCUAUUUAGCCAAGCUUCUGACCCCAGACUGCCCU